UGUUGUCCAACAAGUCCUGUAGGACAUGGGGUCUCGCCAUGUUCCUGCUCGUACUGUGCUUUUUGAGAAGGAGAAGAAUGGUGUAACAUAUCGUGUUCCAGCCCUGCUCUAUAUUCCACGCUGGGCCACCAUGUUGGCAUUUGCUGAAGAGAGGCUGAGUGCAGAUGAUGCCCACGCUAACCUGCUGGUGUUAAGACGUGGAAAGUUCUACCGUAACUAUGUGGAGUGGGAGGAUAUGCGAGCAGUGGAGAGAGCACAUCUGCCAGGCCAUCGUUCCAUGAACCCUUGCCCAAUCUAUGAUGAUUUCACUGGGCAACUCUUCCUUUUCUUCAUUGCAGUCCUGGGCAGGACUACGGAAUCCUACCAGAUCACCACAGGGCGCAACCUCGCUCGCCUGUGCUACGUUACAAGCUUAGACCAUGGAAAAAGCUGGAGCAACGUCACGGACCUGACUGUAGAGGUUAUAGGCAAGUCCAUAAAAGGAGAGUGGGCAACAUUUGCUUUAGGACCUGGUCACGGCAUACAACUAAAAUCCGGUCGACUACUUGUUCCUGCUUACACCUACCACAUCGAAUGCAGAGACUGCUUUGGAAUACUUUGCCGUACCACUCCACGAGCCUUUGCCUUUCGCAGUGAUGAUCAUGGCAAAAAUUGGAAGUUGGGAGAGCUUGUCCCAAAUCUGCAGACGGUGGAGUGCCAGUUGGUGUCAGUGGAUGAGGAAGAUGGGAAUAAUGUUUUGUACUGCAAUGCCAGGAGCCCACUGGGCUUUCGAGUACAUGCUUUGAGCUCUGAUGAGGGCAUAGUGUUCCAGCCAGGGCAACUAAUUGAGAAGUUGGUGGAGACGCCCAAUGGGUGCCAUGGAAGUGUCAUUGGUUUUCCUGCUCCACUAAGUUUAUACUCCAGAUUUAAUACAAAUAAACUCAUACUAGGAGGUUUAAAGAGUAAUAAAGCUUCAGAAAUGCAACACUGUUGCAAGAAAAAGCAUCAUGUCAAACAACCUAAAAGGUUUGGAGAAAAUGUACUUUUGUCCAAUCAAUACAGCAAAUUCCUCCAGAAGCAGAAAGAGACUUUUUGUACAGAUCAGAAAUUCCAGACUCCUACCUGGGUACUCUACUCCCAUCCCACAAGUUCUCAGUCAAGGGUAAAUCUGGGAGUUUACCUUAGCCCAUAUCCUCGUGAUGCUGACAGCUGGGCAGGCCCUUGGGUUAUUUAUGAGGGACCCAGUGCUUAUUCAGAUCUGGCAUACUUGGAACUUUCUUCAGGUGAAUUGGGUGGAACUGGCUCUCCUCCAGUCAUUGCCUUUGCAUGCCUCUAUGAAAACGGUCUUAUUUCGCCUUAUGAACAAAUAUCAUUUAGCAUCUUCACACUGUAUGAGGUUAUCCAAAGCUUACCUCCAAACUCGUUGGUCUUCCAUGAAAAGCAAAAUGAAGACAGGCAGAAAGUAAACUGUGUAAUGUCUUAGGUCUUACUUAAGCUGAUUUCACUUUUGUUUAAUAGAUCAACUGAUUGAAAAAAAAUCUAAUAAGAGUGUCACAUAGGUUUUUAAAUUCAGAACAAACUUGGAAACUGUUCGGUGUCACUAGGGAUAGCAAUAGGAAAAUCCCAUAAUCUUCUAAUAGAGGC